AUGCAGUUCACUACCACAGCCCUCGCUAUCCUCCUUCCAGCUUUCGCAGCAGCCAUCAGCAACAGCUGUGGUGGAUCCUCAUUCGUUGGGGUCACUGCCAACCCAGGCAAGAACCCACUCGUCAGCGACUGCGAGGCUCUCAUUGCCGAUUUGGCUGGUGACGCCGACUGGCCGGUCACUACUGAGGGAGGCUCCAUCACUUCCAUGGGAACAUUUCUUUCAACGCUGUCGCUGAGGCCGCUGGUGCCAGGAUUGGUAACCAGGAUGUCAUCGAUCUCCUGA